AUGCCACAAAGGAUACAUUUUAUGUCACCACGAUGGCUGAAUCAAGCCAGUUAUACUACAAAUGAAUUUGAUUUGCAAAUAAACAAAGCCAGAGAAAAUAAACAUCACAAACAAAUCAGCAAAUUUGACUCAAUGGAGAACAUGAAUUCUACUACCUCAAGAUUUACUAAGUUUGCUAAAUUGUGGUCAAAAAUUAGAAACACGUCUAAGAAAAACGUCUCAACAACUUCAAUACAAUCACCAUCAUUUAUUUCAGAAAGAAUCCAUAAAAGUCACUCAGUGAGUGCAUUUUUCCCACCAUCCACAUGUAACGAUACUACAUUAGAAAAUAUUUUUUCUCCACUAGUAGACCGACCAAUGGAUACAAUUGACACAAUUCAAGAAGAAUAUGGCAGAACAAUGGCUAUAAACAAAAAAGAAUGCCACACAGAAUCUAAUUUUUUCAACAGUGACUUUUUCAAAGAAAGUGUCAGACCCGAGAUUGAAUAUGAUGAAAGUCAGAUAACUGACUAG